GAGAUCCUCAAAACGCGUUCCCAAGCUGUUUACCACAUCAAGGUAUAGCGUAGGUCAUACGUUCAAAUCCUGUAACACGAAGUAAAGUGUUGUGCAGUUUGCUUGAAAAUAACUUUUGUUUUUUUGAUCGAUUUUACAUCUACGGAAAAUGCCUCAGUCGUAUGAUCAGAUCAAGCAGUCCUGUCUAAGAUCGGGAAGACUUUACGAAGACCCAGAAUUCGAUGCCAUUGAUGACAAUGUCUUUACAAGUCGUCGCCCGCCCAGACCUUUCGUUUGGCGUCGUCCAACCGAAAUGGUUCAAAACCCAAUUUUGGUAGAUGCAGGAGCAAGCCGUAUGGAUGUUGCACAAGGUCGUUUGGGAGAUUGCUGGUUCUUGGCAGGGAUUGCAUCUUUGACCCAGCACGAGCAACUGUUCAAGCGAGUCUGCCCCACCGAUGAUCAGAGUUUUGACAAGAGAGAUUAUUGUGGCGCUUUUCAUUUUCGUUUCUGGCAAGGAGGAGAAUGGGUGGAUGUCACCAUUGAUGAUCGUCUGCCUACGAUCAACAACCAGCUCAUCUUUGUGCACUCAAAAUCAAGAAAUGAAUUCUGGAGUGCAUUGAUGGAGAAAGCUUAUGCAAAAUUAUGUGGUUCCUAUGAAGCAUUGAAAGGUGGCCAGACCAGUGAAGCUAUGGAGGACUUCACAGGUGGAAUGACUGAAUCCUUUGAUCUUGGUUCUAAAGCACCACAAAAUCUCUUCACCAUUAUGUCAAAAGCUAUUGAAAGGCAGUCUUUAAUGGGUUGCAGUAUCAAUGCAAAGGCAAACCAAAUUGAAGCAAAGUUAGACAAUGGCUUGGUCAUGGGUCAUGCCUACACUGUGACAGGAGUGAGAAAGGUUAAUGCCAGGACAAGAUCUGGUAAAAUGGAGAUUGAACUUGUGAGAGUUAGAAAUCCUUGGGGAAAUGAGAGAGAGUGGACAGGAGCCUGGGGGGACAAGUCUUCAGAAUGGGCUUUGUUGUCUGACCAAGAAAAGAGAGAGAUGGAACUGACAUUUGAUGAUGAUGGGGAAUUCUGGAUGAGCUACCGUGAUUUCAUAAGCAAUUUCCAGCGCUUGGAAAUUUGCAUGUUGAGCCCUGAUGCAAGUAUCGAAGACUCCAAGGUAACUUGGGAGGCUGACAUGCAUAAGGACAGAUGGCGAGUUGGAAGCACUGCUGGUGGCUGUCGUAACAACCAAAAUACUUUCCACAAAAACCCUCAGUUCAGAGUAACUUUGGAAGAUGUCGACGAGGAUGAUGAUGAUGAUGCAUGUACCUUGAUUGUCAGCCUCAUGCAAGUUGGACGUCGUAAGUUGCGAAGAAAGUUGGGUGCUAAUUCCAAUCUGACUAUUGGCUUUGCUAUCUACAAGCUUGAGGAUGAAGAUACAAAGGUACCUCGUCUGGGAAAAGAUUAUUUCUUGUAUCAUGCCUCAACUGCUCGCUCGAAUACCUUCAUCAAUGCUCGGGAAAUCACCAACCGUUUUAAACUCAAACCUGGUAUCUACUGUAUCGUUCCAUCAACCUUUGAUGCAAAUGAGGAAGGUGACUUCUUGGUCCGUCUGUUCUCUGAGAAAGAGAAAAAGAGCGAUGUCCAAGAUGAAAAGACCCGUAUUACACGGAAUGUGAAACCAAGAAUCACCGCGAACGAAGAUGCUGGCCUGGACAGCAAAUAUAAAUCCUUCUUUGACCGUGGUCAGGCUGGACAGGAUGGACAAGUUGAUGCUUAUGAACUAAAGCAAGUUCUGGGAGCUGCAUUUGCCAAAGAUAUUGGUGAUCAAGAUUUCAACAUUGAAACAUGCAGAAGCUUAAUUAGCAUGUAUGAUGACAAUGGAACUGGAAAACUGGAAUAUGAUGAGUUCAAGCAGACAUUGGUCACCACCAAGCAAUGUCAUGCUGAGUUCAAGAAAUAUGACAAAGACCGAAGUGGAACUUUGGACAUGUAUGAACUUCAGGAUGUCUUGGAUGCCUUGGGUAUCAAGAUGAGCACGCGUUGUCUCACUGCCAUUACUUGCCGUUAUUCCAACAAGAAAGGAACUGUAGAUUUUGAUGAUUUCCUACAGAUUUACACCAGAGUUGUUGGCCUUAUUGAAACAUUCAACAAGAAUUGCAGACGUGGAUCCAGUCAGGCAUCAUUUGAUUUAGAUGAGUUCAUUGAAGGUGCUGUUGGACUUUAAGAAGGAAAACUUGUGGAUUCAAACUCAUUUUCAGCUUUUUUUUUCAUUCAUAUUAUGACACUGGAUGACACUAUAUUGUCUUACCUAUUAUGGUUAGUUAAAUUGUAUGGCUAUCCAUACAGCUAUAGGUAGUUCUUUGACUUGAAUAAACCUUUUAAACUGA